AUGAGGAACAAGAGCGUGGCUCACGGCGAAUUUGGGAGUCAUAGAGCCAGCGUCGACGAAGCGCCAAGCAGGCUAUCCUCGGAUUUCGGACCCCAGGAAGAUGUUCGCCUUCUAGACCUUCGUCGGGAUCGCUCUCCAGCCAACCACUCGAAAACCAAAUCCACAAUUGGGGGGUUUGAAGCUCCCAAGACCUCCACGACAUCUUAUCAGUCUGCCGUCCAUGUUCCCCCAACGCCUAAGCCAGCAUGGCGUCCAUUUUGGCUGCGAUAUUAUAUUCUCGUCCUCUUUUUUAUUCUCUUUCUUUGCUGCACGGUAGCACUUCCUUGCAUGUUGCUUUACUCGGACAGACUCAGGGGCUUGGGCGAAGUCGAUAGAGAAUUUGUCAGGUCAUGGAGAUUUGGUGCAACGGCUUUUCUUACACUUGUCGCGGCAUUCUGGGCUCGAGUGGAACUACAAAUAUUACGAUAUACGCCGUGGACAUCUCUACAAUCAGACCAGGUCCUCAAUCAACCGGCUUCCUCCUUGGACUACACAGCCAUGAUCGUGCCUGUCGCGCUGGUUCAUUCGUGGAAGCAGAGGCAUUUUUUCGUCUUCAUCGUGAUUAUCGUCUCUAUCAUGACCAAAAUCCAAGUGGUACUGUCACCUGGGUUGUUCUACCUGGACGACGUGCGGUCGACACGGGAUACCGAGCUUCAGAUCCUCACGUCGUUCGCCGCCACUGAAAGGUCCAGCGCACCAGUAACAGGCUCCAACAAUUCCGCUACGGCUCCAUGGUACAACGCCCGGGCUCUCUCCGCGUUCAACAUGUCGUAUCCCUUUGGAGUCACUAAUCAAGCAGCGUACCAAACAUUCGACGAUCGCGGGACUAUCGAUUCGCCCAUCACCGUCGUUGUGGAUGCUCUGUUUACGGACAUCCAAUGCAUUGAAUCGGAAAGCUACGAAACCCAAUGGGUUGGCGAACCGCCCGAGACCGAAACGGGGACCACAGAUUACAAUGUGACUUUGACGGUGCGAUUCCCAGACUGUGAUGAGCCCGUCUCCAUCAAGCAUAAUUUUACUCUCCCUGUCCAAAACGUCACUAUGUGGUCUAUCGAACCGCAGACAAAAGCCCCGCACCUUUGCCCGAAACUGUCAAAGCAGUAUGAUCAAGUUGUAUAUCUCGCGGCGCUCUACGAGAGAUCGGCAAAAAGGGCAUCGGCUGUUGAGCUAUCAGCCCUCGGCGCAGUGAUAUGCGCACCCAGCGCCUGGGUAUCCAAGGUGGAGAUUGCCGAUGAUGGUGCCAGGCCGAACAUGACGGUGGUGCCGGAUCAAAACAAGAAUCCCAUCGACGUAAAUCUAUGGAAUAUCCUCCCGGGCGUUGUUCCCGCCUUCACGGGCUUUUGGGCACCCAAUGAAUCUUUCAGCCAAGACCUAGCCUACGGCCCCGCGUUGGCAGAAGCGUCGUUUCGAGGUGCAGACAUGUACCAUCUAGAUCGAUCAGUUUUCCGCAGUGAUACAUUGCACCGCGUUAUUACAAACCUCACGGAAACAGUUGGACCCAUGAUUUCUCAUCAUCACUUACGAGUUCCGGACAACGCUCGCAUAUCUGGUAAAAGGGUCAUAGUGAUGUCCAACCAGGUCAAGGUAACCAGAGCCAUCUGUAUUGCCAUGACGGUCAUGUUCGCCCUUUCAGCCGGAUUUGCAUUGUCCUUGGCAAUCCAUGUGCGACGCAGAUUUCAACCCUGGCACAGGAACCCCUCUACGGUGUUGGGAGCCUUGAUCUUUUUCAACGCAGACCAAAGAAACGCUCCCGUCAAACAUCCCAAAGCCGAUAGUAAAUUUGCCUGGAGCCAUUCUACAUUCUCGCCAAUCCAGUUAACCACAUGGCUUCGAAGCCUAUUCCUCGUCUACGCUUUGGCACUUGUCAUUGCACUUGCGGUUACCUUGAGCAUUUCUGAGUCAUCCAAUGGCUUGGUCGAUGUGAAAGAAGGCACACCGGCACUUUCGUGGAUGCUGGUCCCUGCAGUUGCGCUUUUCAUCGUGAGUCUUUACGCCUCAGCGUCCGACACGGCCGUACGAGACAGGGCUAUACUUUCCAAACUAUCAUCAAGACCAUGCACCGCACCAGAACUGGAUAUGUCAUUGUUAGACAUGCUUGGUGUUCGAGCGUUAUACCACUCGUUGAAGUCCAAAAUAUUUGCUGUUACUCUAACGCAGAUACUUGCAAUUUGCUGUGGCGUCUUGACGCCAUUGUCUUCUAUUCUCUUCACCGUAAAGAAUAUCUCUGAGGUAGAAGAUGUCGCAAUCGAACAGGACAGCUGGUUCGGAGUUCGUCGUCAGGCGGCCACUUCGUUCAAUGUUUGGGAUACUUGGCGCGUGCAAGAGGACAUGGGCAGUUUGAUGAUGUUUCAAAAUUCGUCUGAAUUGAGGUAUCCGGAAGGAACUUAUCGCGAUUUGGUAUAUCCUGUUGUCAAACUCAACGACGCAGUUCAAGACUGGACCGGUAAUGUAUCAGUCCAGUUGACCCUUCCUGCCGCCAGACUGUGGCCAGAUUGUUUUCAACUCCGUAGUUUCGAGGCGAAUCCUGAUUACGAACUGGCUGACGAGGAACACAUCAUCGCCAGCUAUCCAGAGCGCAUCGUCUGUCCCAACAGGCCUAGCCAAGCGACGUUGACCAGAGAUAUCCGCAUAGCAUUGGGAAACGAGACUAAUCCAAGAUACUUCGCGAAAAUAAUGAGCCCGCAAGAUUACGCACUCUUGGUUCGAAAGCUGUGCGAAGAGGAUGACGACGAGAAUAAGAACGACAUGCCUUGGACUGUGGAAACAUUUAUGUGGGGUGCCAUUUCCGACUCGAAGAAAAGCUUCGAUCAUAUCGAGGGUUGGCGAUGCAAUUACACUUGGACCGAAGUCCCCACACAAUUCACAUACCGUUCUUCUAAUAAUCAGGCGCAGCUCGAUUAUGGCAGGCCGCCCAUUUCCGAUGAGACCAAGGCCAAGCCCUGGGAGCCGUACUUUAGUGCCCCUAACAUGGACUUUCUCCAGCCUGACUUUUCCAUUCAAAAUUCGCAAGCGGCCGUGGUGGACGAAGCUUUUGCACCUCUAAUCAAGCCAUUCGGUCCCCUGGGGCUGGAUGAGUUUGGCGACUCAAACAAGACGGACUAUAUUCUCAACACCAUACACUUCCGUCGAGCCAUAAUCGCUGCUCAAUACGCCAACGUCAAGAACCGGCUGAAGUUGAAUGACACUUCAGACACGGAGCCCACAAACCAUCCAACCAUCUCGCCUAGCAAUGGGUCCGUCACCAGGACCAACAAACGUCGGUUGGUACAAAAUUUAGGGGUCACCAUUGCCAUUGUCGCGAUCCUGACCCUUGCUUUCAUUGGCAACCUAUGGGCACUGGGCUCUACAAUGAUGAAACGAUUCUUCGGAGUUCAAUCAGACUUCCUUCUCGACCUCAACAUGAAGGGUGUUUGUCCAGACGAAUUCAACAGCCUCGUUUCAUGGCAAACUCUUCUCUAUGGAGCGGCUGGAUCAACUGUACUGCCGCGAGAUUCACAGUACAUGUCCUCUACCCAGACUUGCAAGGAGCUUGGAGGUAGUAAUUUCCAAAUGGGGUGGUUCUAUCAAAAUGAUUUGAAGGAGAAACAUUUUACAAUUGGGAGUUUGAACGACCCAGAUUCCGAGUACAUGGGGAGAUUUGAAAGAUAG